AUGGGGUCGCCCAAGGCGGCCAAGAGCAUGCUGAAGCAGCGCAUCUGGCGUCACCGGCUCAUCGCGCCGUUCGCUGCCGUUCUUAUCACGGCCGUCCUCGCCCUCGUCGUAUUCUCCGGCCUUUUCGCGCAGGAUCCAAACGCCACCUCGGAGUUCACUGCCGUAAAUGUGGCUAACACCCGACCAGUGCGCGAGAAGUCGGAAUCCACAGGUGCAGCAGCCAGUGGAUCUCCCAACAAGGAGGAUCUUGCAGCAGCGGCAUCUGAUCAAGAUUUCGAUGAUGGAAAUUCUGAGCCCAAUCAAGCUUUCCAAGGCACCAUGCCUGCAGCAGACGAGGGAGGGACAGCAACGGCAGUGCCGGCCCAACUAGAAAGAAGCACUGGAGGAUCUGAACCUGAAGAGAAGCAAUCGCCCCCACAGGACCAGGAAGGAGAAGAAACCACUGCUAAAUCAGGUUUAGUUCAGAACACAACAUGCACACCUCGAACCGGAACAACCAUCUGUGAUCUCUCCAACCAGCGCUUCGACAUCUGUGAGCUUUGUGGUGAUGCUCGCACCAUUGGUCGCUCCUCCACUGUAAUGUAUGUCCCACAGUCCCUUACUUCCAAUGAUGAAGAGUGGAAUAUUCCAGCACAGUCACGGAAAAGCCUUCCAUGGAUCAAGAAGGUGACUGUCAAAACCCUGAAGGCUUCCCAACAGGUGCCAAGUUGCACAUCCAGGCAUGCCAUACCGGCCAUUGUCUUUGCAUUAGGCGGGUUUACAGCGAAUGCCUGGCAUGACUUCAGUGAUGUCCUUGUCCCUCUGUUUCUUACUGCCCGCCAGUUUGACCAAGAUGUCCAACUACUUAUCACCAAUAAUCAGCCCUGGUUCAUCAAGAAAUACUCAGCAAUUUUUCAUCGCCUCACGAGACACAAUAUUAUUGAUUUUGAUGCAGACGAGGAGGUCAGGUGCUAUCCACAUGUCAUUGUUGGGCUGAGGAGCCACCGGGAUCUUGGUAUUGAUCCUAACUCUACACUGCAGAACUACACAAUGAUGGAUUUCCGUUUGUUUGUCCGUGAAGCCUAUGGAUUACCUGCACCUGAAGUGGAUAUACCAUACAGGGUUGACAAAGAUGACUUUGAAAAGAAGCCCCGGAUAAUGCUCAUUGACCGGGGCAAGACACGAAGGUUCAUGAAUAUGCCUGAUGUUUUGAGAGGGCUUGAUUGGUUUGGUUUCGAGGUGGUCAGGGCAGAUCCAAGGAUUGAUUCUAAUCUUGAGGAAUUUGUCCGCCUAGUUGACUCAUGUGAUGCAAUGAUGGGUGUUCACGGUGCGGCCUUGACUAACAUGGUGUUCCUGAGGUCAGGCGCAGUGUUGGUGCACGUUGUACCCUACGGGAUUGAGUUCAUGGCUAACGGAUUCUACGGUGCACCUGCAAGGGACAUGGGCCUAAGACACGUUCAGUACAGCAUCAAUCCAGAUGAGAGCACACUACUGGAGAAGUAUGGCGGGAACCAUACAGUGAUAAAAGAUCCAGAAGCCAUAAGGAACAGUGGAUGGGAGAAGGUUGGGGAGUUCUAUAUGACCAAACAGGACGUUGUGCUCAACAUGACGAGGUUUGGACCUAGUUUGUUGAAGGCAAUAGAGUUCAUUGUGUAG